AUGGAAUUCCAGGGUGUCCCUCCACUUCCCCCAGGCCUUCAGAGCUUUUUGGCGAGUCUUCCUAUGUUGGAUUUGUUGUUGAAAAGAUCGUGGGUCGCCACCCACGUCCAGACAAUAGUAUCGACAUUGGUAUACUUCAUCACUAUCCUUAAAGUCCCCCCAUUGGCCAUGGUGUUCUAUUAUGUGGGGGUGCUAGGAAUCAUCAGUACCUACACCAUAUCAAUAUACCGGAUGCAUUUCUUAAGCAACUCAUUUGUCACCAGUGCCAUUCCUAUUACCGAAGCCAUCAAAUCUGAAAACUUCCAUUUAUUGUUGAUGGCUUUGCUCUGGCUUAUAACCCCGCCGCAGCUUUUCAAGCUCCUACCAUUUGCGAUCUUUUCGACGUUGAACCUUGCCAUCUACGCCAAUCGGAAUCUUUGGGCCCCAAAAAACCCUUUUGUUUUGGCGACUGCCCCAUUGAUAGAAUACGCACAACAUCCCAUGAUGAUGACAGUGGCCUACAUCGAACUCGUGUUAUUUCUUGUGGUGUUUAUCCAGGGAGCAUUAAGAGGGUCUUUCUACGCCUACAUCAUGUAUUUCUUUAUUUGGUGUCUUCGAGUAGAACGUUCUCCUUAUUCCAGAGCGGUUAUCUACCAGUUCUUGAAUCUCAUAACUCUAGCCUUAUCUCAGCCAAACAUCCCUCCUCAUGUCUUCCAUAAUUGGAUCUUGAUCUACAAAAGAAUCGCGGAAAUCAUACCAUUGGCAUCAUCCCAUAGAAACAGACUUUUCUACAAUCAAAACAAAACAGUCUGGCCCACUGCUUCCCAUUCUCCUGCUGUGAAUCGUGGUCGUCGUGGGAAAAGACGUUCACAUCACAAUUACGAAGUUUACGAUCAUGCCGACGCGUCGAGUAUUCUUCAGAAUUUUUGA